UUUAAAUUUUUCGUUAACGGUAUUUUAAAAACGAUUGAAUUAAAGGUAUGUUGAGAAAAUGCCAAACUUUUUAAAUUAAAAUGUGAAUGGUAAUGCCUUUUUAUUUCACAUUAUUUUUACAAAUUCAACGGUGUUGUCAGGAGCGGGUAUUAUCUGCCAACCUUGGUAAAAUCUUGAUGUUGGAAUAUUUUAGCAGUAAUCGACCGACAUCAUGUUUACCAAAAGGUCUAUGUAGGCCAUGGGGCAACAGGUCAGUGUUGAGACCUUGACUACAAGAGAUACAGAUAAAACCAGUCUUUAUUGGUGUAGCUUCGAACCGUAUCCACAUAAAGUUGGAAAACGUAAACUAACAUAUCUCGGAGUUCUAAACGGAGAAGGUCCAAGAAAGGGAGAGAAAUGUAUGGUAAAGGCAUUCCGAAAUGGUUGUGGCACGUAUGAAGAUUGGUUGGCAGAGCGAGAAAGAUCUCAUAAUGCUAACCAAAUCUCUAGGCGCUUCCAAAAGGAACUUGAAACACAAGGGAAAACUGCUAAAAUGCAUUUCACCAUUCCGUUAAUGGUAGAAAUAGAUGAAGUAUCAAACUAUAUGUGUGUGUCCUUUAUUGUUGGAAAACCGCACAAGAAAAUGAGAGAAUUAGAGGUUGUGUCGUUAGAACCUUAUUACGAAAACGAUUUUAAAGUUUUCAAAUCUGACAAAAUGCGUUCGUUUGAAACAACAAUAUGUGAAGCUUUUACACAUUUCAGCUGGUAUGACAGCAAUGGGGAGAUAGUUGUUACAAGCCUGAAAGGUGUUCGGAAAAUGAACCAGUAUGACUUCACCGUACCUAUCAUUCAUUCAAAAGAAAGGACGUACGGUGCGACUGAUCAUGGGUCAAAGGGCAUUAAAGAUUUCUUCCGUGAGCAUCAGUGUAAUGAAAUAUGUAAUAACUGGCCGCGACCAGAUCGUAUUUCAGUUAACACUGAAGAUGUCGAAAAGAGCACUCUCGAACGCUUCCAAAUCCAUCCACAAGAAUCAAUCAAACCAAAAUUCGGGUACAGCAAUAACGUGUGGAAUCCUGAACUUCAUCGUUUUUAUAUCCAAAAUAUAAACAAAGAUGAAACUGUGCAUUGCCAAAAAGAACAGAAUUGUUUCUGCGAAUAUUUCCGGUUACCAUGUCAACAUAGUAUUAGCAGUAACUCUGCUUUUAUUUACAAUAAAAAUCAACCAAAAGAUGGCAUGGGAAACUUUUUGUAAUUUGUUUAAUGAAUUCGUCAAAAAAAUCAAAAUCAACGUUUGAAUUUCUUAAAUGUGCUGGUCGCAUUUUCCGGUUGUGCUAUUUUGGAAUAUGAAGAUAUCGGAGGAAAAUCUUGGUAUUGUUCAUGCUUUGACGUAACUUUUGAAACCGACUUUCAAACUAUUAAUGUGAGUUUAGAUAUAACAUUUAUGUUUUAAUGGCGUACUCAUAUAAAUAUUAUCAAACGGGUAAGAAAUUUAAAUGAAAGUUCUGCAGGACAUCACUGUCUUUUGUCAUGAACCACGUAGAUCAAGAUUCGCAAAAAAAGUGGAAAGGUUAUUGUCAAGUUCUGAAUGAAUUCUUCAAUUCUUCUUUUAUUAAAUAUUUUUUAUAUCUAUCAGUUAUACUAAAUAACAGAUUACAAUCACGAAACAAAAUAUAGUAAACUUUAAUUAUAUGAAUGAAAUGAAUUCAUGAUUUAGUGAAUUUCCCAAAUUUUUUUAUGUGUUUGUGAAAAGCAUAUUUUACAGCUGCGUUAAAUUAAAGUAAAUAAUCAAAAAGUGAACAAAUAAUUAUUCCGAAAAUUCUUAUAAGAAAAAGUAGGCAUGUGAAAACGAAAUAUGUGGACACUUGUGUCCGUGUUUAUUUGCGUCCAUUUGUUGUUCGUUUCGAAAUAUCAAAAACAAAAAAAUGAAAAACAAAAGUGUUUUCAUUUUUCGUUUUUGAUUUCUCAAAACGAAUGGACGCAAAUAUACACGGACACACCUGCUCGUUAGCAUGUCUGCGUAAAGCUAUUUUUUGAAAAUCAUGUAAUUUAAGAUUAAGUGUAACUGCAUAUUUCGAAUACUUUUUUUUAUUAGAGAUGUAUUUAUACAUAUCAUUUUAUGAUUACGGUAUAUCCCAGAGAAACCUCCAUUGAAAGUAUGAGGAAAGUGAAUAUAAGGACCGUCCAUUUAAAAAUGUGUUUAUUUAUUGUUGUAUAAUAUUUGUGGGAAUGGUGUUUAAUUAAAUAUAUUAUGUAAACCGUCGGAAAGUGCUGCUCUUUACUUUCUGAAAAGAGAAUAUAUUCACUAGUAACUGAUAUUUUCUUGGCUGAAAAAUGAAACUUUAUUAGUUUUUUAUUAUAUUAUUUGAAAUCUAUGGUUUGGAACAAAUACAUAUUCAUUUAAUAUAUUGUCUUACUCUAGAGAAAACAUAUUUCAAGCUGGUAUGACAUUUCAAAGUGAUUCAAAAUGUUUAACUAUUAUUUUACUAUAAAAAUGGCGGAAUAUCUAUUACAUUCAUGUAUACUUUUGACUUUGGCUUUGUCCUUUUAUGAAAUCAGGGACAAUAAUAAAAUAACAAAGUGUUACCGGUUGACUAAUUGAAAUAUUAAUUGUUGACUUUUGUUAUUGGCUAAUUAUAACCACAAAACCACAAGAUCAGUUAAAUAAACGGAAAGAAUUAAAGAACAUUUACAGAGUGCAGUAAUAUUUUUGUGAUUUUACUUUUCACAACUCUUUUACAUAGAAGAUAGAAAGAUGAUAUUACAACUAAAUAUUUUUUAAUGAGAAUUCUCUCUCUACAAUUGAUUUCUUGUACCUCUAGUCAGUUAUUUUAAAGUGCUAUGUUUCAUUCCCUUUUACCGGGUAUCAGUACAUCAGAUGCAAUAAGAGAACGACCAUUUAAUUUAAAAAAAGGGGGUGUUAUGAUUUUUUUCUUAAAUUUUUUUUAUUCUGAUCACCACUUUUGAUAAAAAAAAAUUAAUUUGAAUUCAGAUUUUCCCUCAUAUCUUAUAUAGUUUUGUAAGAAAUUAUUUGGUGGGUAACGUCGAAACCCUAAAAAGAACUUCCCCCGCCCCACCUUGAAGUUCAGUUAUUGAUACCUAAGAAACAGAGAUAAAAAAAAAAAAAGAUCAAAAUCUGCAGUACAUUGUUUAGCAAUUUGGAAUGAUACAUGUACAUGAUAGCAAAGAUUUUUUUUUUUCAAUCGAGAACACAGAUCCUACUGCAGUGAGAGCCGACAUAAUGUGUAUGUUUCCGAAUGUAACUUGUUAUUAACCAGAAUAUUACAGUCAGUUGUUUGUAAGUACUAUGUUUGAAUUUUUAAUUUGUUGUUAACCAGAAUAUUACAAUCAAUUUAAGAAAAUGUGGUAGUUGUUUUAAAGUGCUAUAGUUGAAUUUUAUUUUUUUGUUAAACAGACUCUGAUGUGAUAUCAUAUAGCGUGGUGUGGUACCAUCCUGAUGGUAUUGUUGUAACCUAUGUUCAGAUAUAAUGCAUUGUUGAUUUUUAUAUGUACUGUUUUGUUGUAGACCGAUGAAAUGUACUAUUAUGUUGUUACUCAGAAAAUAAAUAUAUAUAUUAAACUAA